AUGAGGAAGGGAGUUAUUGCUUUUUUGAUCGUGAACCUGAUCGUCAUCGGGUUCUUAGUGAAUGCCGUCUUCACUUUGAUAACACUGCUGUUCGAGGACUGCUCAGCGGAUGCUAUCCACUCCUCGGAAAUUCCAGCUCCAAACUCGAUACUUAUCGAUCAGCGGCCGCAGCUCAUCCCAAAGAUCAUUCAUCAGACAUGGCAAAACGAAACAAUUCCAGAGAGGUGGCAAGCCGCGCAGCAGUCAUGUGUCGAUCUUCACAGCGACUACGAAUACAAGCUCUGGACGGACGCAAAAUCACGAGAAUUCAUCGCGACUGAGUACCCCUGGUUCCUGGAAACCUUCGACAACUACCCGUACCCCAUCAUGCGCGCAGACUCUAUUCGAUACUUUAUCCUCGCACAUUACGGUGGAAUCUAUGUUGAUUUGGACGAUGGUUGCAACCGUCGCUUGGACCCUCUCCUUUCAUACAAUGCUUGGGUGCGAAGAACCGUUCCAACUGGUAUUUCAAACGAUGCGAUGGGAUCUGUGCCGCAGCACCCCUUCUUUCUGCGGGUUAUUGAGAGUCUGCAACUAUACAACCGGAAUUGGCGUGUUCCUUACAUUACCGUCAUGUACGGCACCGGGCCGUUGUUCCUUAGCGUGAUUUGGAAGGAAUACAUCCGCUGGGGAACAACUGAGGAAGGACGAGUGCGAGUCCUUAUGCCUGACGAGUACAACAAAAACUCAUGGAGUUUCUUCGCUGUCUACAAAGGCUCGUCUUGGCACGCGGGUGACGCAAAAGCCAUCUUCUGGAUGGGUCAACAUUGGCUCUUGAUCACCUUCGCUGGGUUCGCGCUGGCAGGCUGCCUUUACGGAACCGGUUUCAUUAUAUACAAAAGACUCCACCUCAAAAACACCAACUAUAACGAGAAACCCACCUCGUCAUGGUUCCCAUGGAGACGGAACACCCCAACUGGUGCUGGAUUUAAACGUCUCUCACAACACGAAGUUUAA